UGUCAAUUUGCUACACAGAAACACCAUAGAUAAGAUCCACGCCAAAGUUGGAAUUUACUUUUCUUUGUUUAAUAGUAAUCAAAUUUACCAAUUACUUUGUGUGGCUGGCAUCGAAUCGACAUGGCAGAUGUUGAUUGGUUUUCUGGUGAAGGGGGAGGAGAUGGAGGAGGAGGUAAAUCAGGGAAAAAGAAUCAGAAGAGACGAGCCAAGGCUAAGAAGAGUAAGAAUGAAAGCAGUGUUUCCUCCCAGGCACCUCAGGUUGAUCCAAUUGAAGAGCUCAGGCAGAGACUAGCUGAUGCCAAAAUCAAUAAGGACCAGAAAUUGGCAGGAAAACUCAGGCAACAACUUUGGAUCGUUCAAGACUUAACAGCUGGAGUGAAACCACAAGUAGAUCCAGAAGACCGAGAUGGACAAGCCAUGGUGAAAGAGUUUGAAAGGACUGGUAUCAUAUCUCUCCCCUCUAACAAUGCAGCAAGCCCAGAGAGUAAGGUGGAAGAGGAGGUCCCGCAGUCUGGACCAGUCUUCUUUACCCCCGUAGCUGGCGGUGCGGUGAUAGAAGACAAGAGACUGAAAAACCUGAACAAGAAGUUGAAGCAGAUUGAGACUCUCAAGGAGAAGCAAAGGAAAGGGGAGAAACUAGAAUCUAAUCAGCUAGAGAAGAUCAAAUCAGAAGCUGCCGUCCACCAAGAAAUCCAGGAGAUCGAGGAACUCAUCAGUAAACUUUCUGCUCAGAUCAAGAGUUGACAUCGGCUGCUCAUCUUCAAGAAAAAGCAAACAGUUACCUCAUACUUAUGCAAAAUACUGUCUUCAGAUUUUGAUAGGCCUUUUGCGAGAGUCUCUGGCAUUUCGUGUGCUUAUGAGGCAACAAGUGAACUGAAUGGCUGUCACCUCAUUGGGACUCUAAAUUGCAGAAUUACUUCUGCUUACCACUUGGUCUAAUUGCAAUUUUAGCCCAUUUACCUUUUUGUCUAAUUUUCAGUUAGGCUCUACCCAUUAAAUUGUCUAAUAUCCAAUUGAUUUAUUUUAUCAUUUAGUCUAUAGUGUUAGGUAAACUGCUCAUGAAUCUAAUUUUUGUGUGACAAA